GGUUACGUAAUUGAGAUAUUUUUUCUAAUCCUCAUGGGCGAAGCGUAUCUGUUUGUGUCGUUGCCUCUUUUGACGCUUUUCAUUUCAAUGUGUUUGAAUCAUCAAGCAUUUUAUGGAAUGUUUCAAGAUUUGGUGACGAAAUUAAAGCGGCCGGAUAACAUUUCAAAUCGCAAAGAGCUGCUGUUUGAAUUGAUUCGUUUUCAUGCUUCGAUCAAGAAAUGGUUCUUAGAUUCAGCAGAAGUGUACGGUAGCUUCAUAAUGAUAUUGCUCAUCAGCACAAUAAUCUAUCUAUCCUGUGUCCUUUUUCAGUUGGAUUUGCAAUUGAAACACAUUGAUUUCAGAAUUCUCUUUCUUCUGUUGGCAUUUUCAAUAUCACUGCUGACUUUGUUUUUGUAUUGUUUCUUUGGUAAAUUGGCGAACGAAAGUUAUGAUAAAAUGUGCGGCUGUUUGUAUCGAUCGAAUUGGUAUGAACUUCCGGUCGAAUUGCAAAAAUGCUUUAUUCUCAUGAUUGGAAAUGCUAAACAUCCAAUGUUUUAUCGUGGUUUUAGUGUGGCUCGUUUGGAUUUGGAAACGUUCUCGAAAAUAAUAAAAUCAAUAGUCACUUACUAUAUGGCGUUCAAGACAAUUACGCAGUAAAUUACAUGGCCAACCACAAAGAAG